AAAGCCCCACCCUUGGCUUAGGCAGCGCCAUGACGACUGAAAUUGGUUGGUGGAAGCUGACUUUCCUCCGGAAAAAGAAAUCCACUCCCAAGGUGCUGUAUGAGAUCCCUGACACCUAUGCCCAAACAGAGGGAGAUGCAGAACCCCCAAGGCCUGACACUGGAGGCCCCAACAGCGACUUUAGCACCCGCCUGGAGAAGAUUGUGGACAAGAGCACAAAGGGCAAGCACGUCAAGGUCUCCAACUCAGGACGCUUCAAGGAGAAGAAGAAAGUGAGAGCCACGCUGGCAGAGAACCCUAACCUCUUUGAUGAUCAUGAGGAAGGACGGUCAUCAAAGUGAAGGGCUGAGGAGGGUGCUAGCACCUCCUGGCUCCCUGCCAUCAGCCAGAUCUGAGACAGGACCUUGCCAUGCUGGCCUCUUUGGCCAUAGCUGAAGUUGCGGGGGCAGUUGAUACCUGCUGGCAGGAAAUGGCUGGUUUUUAGGUUUGUAUUUAUGUGCCUCCACUUUUGUAAGGCCUGGGAGAUCCCAGGGUCUUCCACCCUCCCCCUGACCACAUACAAAGGCACUCUAGUUCAAGGGUGAAAACUCUCACCCAGGAGGAACAGCCCUCCUUGAAGUAAUGGCAGGGCCAGCAGGGAGGUGGGCAUGGCAGGGAAUGGAGAGAGUGAGCCAGACAGACUUCACCUCCUUACUGGACACAGGGUCAAGGGUGAGUUUCAAUUGCUGCUCCCUUUACUUUCUCUACCUGUGACUACUCCCUGGACCAAUCCUGAGGAGGGCACAUUUUCCAGAAGCCACGUGAUAGGGGCUGGUUUCUGUGGAGCCAGAGGCAGAGACACUAAACUUGAGCUCACCUCCUAACACCGGCAGUAAACUUCCUGGAACUUUGCCCUCAGGUAUGGAGGGGGCAGAGGACCCUGGCACUCUGUUAGGGUGCUGUAGAAGACUAGAUUGAUGGUAGUUUGGCCUGUUGGUUCCUGUUUUGGCCAUGACUUUUGCAGGUGGCAAGUCACACACCCUCGAAGGGAAGCUACACGGGCCAAAUUGGGGGAGUGGGUGGGGAAUUUUCUCCUCUCCCUCCCCUACUAUAAUAGUAUUUAAGACAUAUCAGCUCCAGAGAUGAGUCCUGGAGCCUUGAAUUUUGUUUAACAAAAUAAUUGUAGGUUUCUCUCUGUAAUAACAACGCUGGAAAAGCAGAGAACCUCUUUUAUGCUCA